CAUUAAUAGCUCUAUGGUUAGUAAGCAGAGACCGGACGGAGGCUGUGGCUCCUAGCAGAAGCGAAAUGCCGAGCGGGAAGGGGAAGCGGCCAACGGCUCGGGCAGAAAAACGCGGCGGUGGGAGCCGCUGCCAGUGGGUGAUGGUUCUUCCAGAAACUGCAACUGAUCUCCCAAAGAAGCCAGGUGCUGGGCCUUUAUUUACAAGGCUGCCACAUCCAAGUACAGGACAAGCUGCCCUUUAUUUAUUUGGUAGUGAUGCAUACCACAUAUUUGAAAUGAAAGCUUUUCAUGAAGCAUACCGGUCAUGGUUUAUUGGUCAAGAAGUUCAAUAUGAUGGACGUCUAUUUUUUGCUACACCAAUGGACCCCUUGUUUCUUGUGCUUUUCUACCUCAUCAGAGCAGAGAAAGAGCAGGGAAAGUUUCAGCCACUGGAUCAGGUUUUGGUGGAUGAAGAGUUUUCUUCCAGCAUACAAUUGCUACAGUGCACAAGUACUUUGCAGUCAGUUCACCACAUAGCUGAGCAAAAAGAAAUAGAUGGUAAGAAUUUUUUUAGAUACAGUGAAAAGAAAACACUGACAUGGUUAAAUAAAAAGGUUAACCAACUGGUGAAAGUAUUAAAAGAAAAUAGCAUACCUGUGAGUGGAAAAGUACAGGCUGCUACAUUUAUCAGCAAUAAUCAGGCCAACAGUGGCACAGAAGAGGAUUAUAUUUGUUAUGCUCAUGGCUUAAUAUCAGAGUAUAUUCCCGAAGAGCUAAGUGGAACAUUGGCUAAUUAUUUAAGACUCCCACAAGGUACAGAUCUUCCCACAGAGCCAGCAUCAAAGAAAAGGAAACUGUCAGAUGGUCCUGUGGAAGCUGAGGAAGAUUAUACUAAAUUCAAUACUGGUGAUCUGAAAAACAAAAAGGCAAACAGUAAAAUGUCAGCUUCACAAAAAGCUUUAGCGAAAGUUGACAAGAGUGGCAUGAAAACAAUGUCUUCUUUCUUCAGUCCAAAAACUACAACACCAAAAUGAACGGAGGAGGGUGCUGUUUGGUGUAGUAAUUAUCUUGGAAAUGUUUUAUGAAACUAGAAGCUACUUAUAACUUUCUUUCUUCUUCUAUUUCCCCCUAUUAAGACUUGUCAGAAGUAGAAAUCUAUGAUACUGGUGUGAAUGUAAUCAAAGUUAAUUUUUUAUAUUUGUUUUAGGGAAACUAGGCUCAGUUACCUGCUACAGAUAGCGAUCUGUCUUCAUAUCAUUAUUACUGAAAAUUCACAGUACAAUGCAAAGCAAUGCAUUCGUUUCUGAAUAAAUUAUAUGCACUUCUUGUUUUUUAAA